GAAGAAGCGAGGAGGGGUGAGAGGGUGUGCUUGGGCUGGGUGGGCGUGUGGUCUGAGGGAACAGGGGCCACUCUGAGGGGUGGAGCCAGGGACUGGAGGAAGGCUCAGGGUCCAGGGCUGGGGUUCCAGACCCCAGCUGGGCGGCGCGGGCAGCGGACCCGGACCUGGGCCAUGCGGGUGCCCCUGGCGGUGCUGGCGGGGGUGGCGGCGCUGGCAGGGGCGCUGAGCUUCGCGCUGCUGGCGGCGGCCAUCGGCACGGACUUCUGGUACAUCAUCGACACCCGGCGCCUGGAGCGCGGCGCCCUGGGGGUGCGGGGCGGCGCGGGGGGCGCCAACCGCAGCCAGCCUGAGCCCCUGAGCUCGCACUCCGGCCUCUGGCGGACCUGCCGGGUCCAGAGCCCGUGCGCGCCGCUGAUGAACCCCUUCUGGCAGGAGAACGUGACGGUCAGCGACUCCAGCCGGCAACUUCUCGCCAUGCACGGGACCUUCGUGAUUCUGCUCCCCUUCAGCCUCAUCCUCAUGAUCUUUGGGGGGAUGACGGGGUUUCUGAGCUUCCUCCUCCGAACCUCCCUCCUCCUGCUGCUCACAGGGGCCCUCUUCCUCUUUGGAGCUCUCGUCACGCUCACCGGCAUCAGCAUGUACAUCGCGUACUCGGCUGCCGCCUUCCGGGAGGCGCUGUGUCUGCUGGAGGAGACGGCCCUGCUGGACCAGGUGGACAUCCGCUUUGGCUGGUCCCUGGCCCUGGGCUGGGUCAGUUUCUUCACCGAGCUGCUCACCGGGGCAGCCUUCCUGGCAGCGGCCCGUGUGCUCAGCCUGAGACGGCGGCAGGACCAGGCUAUCUGAGUCUGGAGGCCUGGGGUGGUGGGAGGGAGGCUGGCCUGGGCCUCCGGGACCCAUCUUGGGGGGCUGUGGUCUCCUGCUCCACAGAGACCACCAGUGGAGGCCAGGGGCUAACCCCAGGAUGCUGACUGAGCUCAGGGCCUGCUGUCCUUAGCGCCUGUGUGUGUAUGCUAUGUUCAUGUGGCUGUGUGUGCUGUGGGCUGGAGGAGGCCGAGGGAGUGUGGGACUGUAAAACAACAAAAAACAAACCCUUCAUAAACAGAGCGUUACAGAUUGCAGCCUCUGUGAGCCUGCUCCUUCUUCAUUUCAUCCUCACUGCCCUUUGGGUCAGUUCCUCUUCUUUGGUAAGGGCAUGGAAGACCAGAAAGGUUAGAUAAGGUGCACAGAGGUGCACAGCAGAGCUAGUGGCAUAUUCCUCCUUCUGAAACAGUGCUCAGUCCUUUACCACAGCCUUUCUGAGCAGGUUCCGUCUGGCCAUGGUUACUGUGUGGGACUCAGGCAUGCUAACUGGCUGAGGGUACUGGGGGAGAAAGGAAUACAGCUGGGCUGACAUUCAGAUCUGCCUGAUUCCAAGAUGAUUUUCUUUCCACUCCUGACACUGCCUAUCCAAGCAUGUCAAACUCGCGGCUCACGGGCCUCAUGCCUCAUUUAUUUGGUCCAUGUUAGCCUUGGAAUUUGACAUGCUUGGCCU